AUGAGUCCAUGGAGCCCGGCACAUCGCGCUCUGACCCCAACAUUGAUUCACCAGGUAUGGAAGUGUUUUCAGAAAAUGUAAGAUUUCUCUUUUUGUGCCCAGUUUAUAGAUUAAUCGCCAUGUGGUGUUGUGUGAGACAUCCUAGCGGACGUUGGAAAGAAGAAAUCGGGAAAUUCUAUAGUCGAAAAAGGGCACUUGUCGGUUCAUUAUUGCAUCAUUUUGCAUGGACCGAUGGAGAAACGCAAGAAAAGCUGAACCAGAAGAAGAGAAUCAACAUAAAGCUAGCUGAGAACUUCAGGAAGGUUCCGUUGAAUGUAAUGGAUGAGUCCAUGGAGCCCAGCACAUCGCGCUCCGACCCCAACAUUGAUUUACCAGCUAUGUAAGUGUCUUCAGAAAAUGUAAGAUUUCUCUUUUUGUGCCCAGUUUAUAG